CUGACAGCAAUAGUGAAACAUCAUCAACUUCUGUACACUUCAAGAGAAAGAAGGCCAGAAAGAAUAUUGUACCAGGUCAUCGUCCUAUAACUCGCAGUCAAAUGGAUUCGAGUAACGAUGAGAAUGAGUCAAAUCAUGCAGAGUCUCAUAAACCUCUGUGUGAUAACUCUGUACAUAAUUCCGAGGAUGAGCUAAAAUCUCAUGAGGAACAACCUGAUGGUAAUAUAGCCAGUGUGGAACAAGUCCUCACGGCGAAUGCAAGUCGGUCAGUUGAAGAACAGAUAGCACAACUUACAGCUGCUCUCCAACAGAAAGAAGAUGAAUUGGUUGCAUUACGCAGUCGUACAGAAAAUAAUACAAAUGCUGAAGUUGAGAGAAAUGCUUCCAGUAGCCAUGGCAAUGAUCAAGGAGUUACGGGAAUUAAUCUUGAAGCCAUCCAAAAGAUGAUAGCUGAGGGAGUCAAAGCUCAAUAUAUGCAGACUCAUUACUCCAUGAGGCCAGGGUAUGUUAAGCCGUACCCACCGGAUGUCGACCUCGUUCCAUUCCUGGCAAAUUACCGUCAACCUCAGUUCAGCAAGUUCAGCGGAGGUGGAUCUCCACAUGAGCAUAUAGCUCAUUUCCUUGCAGCAUGCCAAGACACGACCCAAAAUGGAGCACUUCUCCUCCGCCAAUUUGUGCAAACACUAUCAGGUCCUGCAUUUACUUGGUAUAGCAAAUUGCCGCCGAGUUCAGUCAAGACUUGGGAGCAGAUGCAAGAUGCUUUUCUUGAGCGCUUCUACAGCACUCAAAGAACCGUGGGCAUCACCGAGCUCACUCAAACAGAGCAAGGAAUGAAUGAAAAGGCUGCGGAUUUCAUCAACAGAUGGAGAAACUUAAGUCUCCACUGCCCGCAACCAAUCACGGAAACUGAAGCAGUGCGUAUGUGCAUGAACAAUCUGCGACCUGACAUGGCUGUAUAUCUACAGGGUGUAAGGCCUGUCACUUUUGAAGAGUUGGCCUCAAAAGCCACAGAUAUUGAGAAUUAUAAUCAGCUUAUAGCACGCCGUACAAAGGCGGUAUUCAAGCCAGUGGAGAAGAGUCUUCAACGCGACAAGAUACCCGCCAAGCCGAGGCCAGCUCAAGUUAUGGAGACAACAACAAUGAAACCACAAUUUCAGUCUGGGGCACCUUCUGCCAGAAACAUGGAGCGUACAGGUGCACCAGCUCAUAGGAGGCCAACCCUCAGUGAGCGUCAAAACAGGGAGUACUCUUUCCCUGUAGAUGAGAUUGGUGAUUUGUUUGUUGGCUUGCUUCAAUUAAAACUGAUUGAACUUCCAAAUUCAAAGAGACCAGAAGAAGCUAACAGAACCAAUGAUCCAAAUUUUUGCCACUACCAUCGCAUCUUGGGUCAUACACUCAAGGAUUGCUUUGUGGUCAAGAAUAUAAUUCAGAAAAUGAUAGAUGAAGGUACAAUUGAUACAGACCUUCUUAAGAGUUUAAAGAAAGGAAAGAAGGUUGCUGCAGCAAACGUGGCUACCCUUCAAGAUGAUUCGGCCGCGCCAAAAUGCAAGGUCAGCAUAAAGGAGAGGCUCACAUUCCCUGCAACUACGAUGCAUGGCCCAGCUUCUCCGCUUCUCGAGGAUCCCAAGUCUGGGGGCAACGGCGGUCAAAGCGCCGUGUACCACCCCCAGUGAAGGAAAAAGCUCCUCCUUUGCGCUUCGCACCAGAGAUAUAUCAACACACCACGAAGCGCAUGAAGGUCCCUAGUGAAGAAUUCAACGUUCUCACUAUCGGUGUGUUUGAGGAUGACGAUGAGUCUCUAUGUUUCCCUGAAGAAGAACCAUUAGAAGUUCAUCAGGUUCAUCUUAGAUCAGGUCGUCAACUAGCAGACCCUCAUCCUCCACCUAGGAAGGAACCAAAAACCAAAGAUGUUGUUCCAAAUGAUUCGACUGACCCUGCCUGUAGGGUGCCAGUCAAGUAUGAUGU